CAUACUAUUAAAAAAAAUAUAAAUUAUUUACACCCAAUUUGUAACUAUAUAUAUACACAACUCAUUUUCAACAUAGUACAGAGUGUGUUUUUGUUUUUUCUUCUCUGCUCUGCUUUUUGUUUCCUUCACAUAAAAACAAAAGGAAUAAUAAACGAAAACAUUGUCAUCGAUUACGUUAACUUAUCUCAGUUCUCUUCUUCUUUUUUUCAUAGAUCAUCGAAUUUCUGAAAAAGUCAUUUUUACCUUGUAUUUUUGAUUCUUGAUCUAGAGUUGUGAGUUUAUUCUCUGGUGAAAAAUUCCUUUGUGCUUAUGCUACAAGGAGAAAAUGAACAAGUCGAGCUCGUGGAGCAUCUACAGUUCUAGAGCUGGAGAGAGUGAAGGGCCAUGGAGAUCGUCGACGUCCAUGAAUGCUAUCUCCUUUGGGUUUGUAGCGACGGCGAUACUCAUCUCCAUGUUCUUGAUCAUGGCUAUCUUCGAGCAUCUCUUCAGGCCUGAGAAUUCUUCAUUUGAUUCACCACAUCGGAUCACACAAAGACAGAGAGAUGGGUCCAUUCAGUUCCAGAAACUUGCUGAUCAAGCAUCCAUGGUUCCGGUGAAUACGGUGGUGGAUGUAUCGGUAGUGAUGCCAGGAGAGAAGUUGCCGUCGCACAUAGCUUUGCCGGCUCCGUUACCUUGUCGGAGAGAAGGCAUUCAUUGGCCUCUUCAUCUUUAAAUAUAUUAAUUACUAGCUUAGCUAGCUACUACUCUUCUUCUGUAAUUUUAUUUAUAUAUUUCUGACUCAUUGAGUAGAUUAGCGUGUUCGUAAUUUCAAUAUGCACUAAACGAGAUUUAUCGGCCAAAAAACAUUUCCUUAUUUUUUUCCGUCCAAGUAGACACAUGUUAUCUCUCAUUGUAUAUUUUGUUGAUAUGCUUAUUUUUUUUCACUAGCAUUUUAUGGCUAGCUAAUUAAUUGGAACAAAUUAAUCACUUUU